UCAAGUCAUCGGUAGCCUUAAAGCUGAAGCACAAGACCUGGGCAUCAAGAACAAGUAUCUAGAGCAGAUCAUAGAAAAGCAGCGACAGGAACUCCUUACAUAAAACACAUCAAGUCAAACGAAUGUACAUAGCUCUGAGGACUACCAGCCUCUUUCACAUCUCCCAAUCUCCCGUAAGGAUGCAUUUACAGACGUAUGUAUCCUUUAAGGGUCCUCUACGGAAAAACGCGUGUCCCGUAGUGUACAGGAUUAGACCAGAAUUGUCAAUCCUUCUCCCUGUCUGGACCGGGGCGAGUUGUCUGGACGAUCCCCUCACGGCUUAGCUGGACGAUAUACCAUCUGCGCUUAUAUACAGUAUCUUCCCGUCAUAUUAUGGCACCUCACAAAGGGUGUGGUGGUAUGGUGACCCAGCAGCAACGACGCAAACGAGAAGCUCCUCAUGCCAUUGUUCACAGCAUGGCUAUCGAAAUUCAGCAUACCCACACCAGUGACACCACCGUGCCAAGCCAGAGCUACGAGCAACUUACGAUAGAGGAGUUUUCUGCGGUGGCCACUGUCAGCUCACAGAUCAUUGCUCAAGCCAAUUCCCACUUUGCUGCAUUGACAUACAUCUGCGAACGGUUGAAGAGAACCUAUCCCCUUCUCACAUCAGGAGAAUGCGGGUCUGUAACGCCCCUGAUAGCCUCUCUACUUCACGAGUCGAACAUUGCGCAAACCGCUUCCAGCAACAUUCGCAACGGGGAUAUUGGAGGCAACGCCGCGCUGAGGGGCUGGGAACCUCUAGUCCUGCUGCUGCAGACACAACCAUCGGCGCCAACUUCAGACCGCGCGACGCCCGUCUUCAGGAAGAUCAUGGAGAUCCACGCACUUGGGUUCUGCGAUGUGAUCAGUGAUAGCAUUCUUAUAGGGGCACUCUGGAAGCGAAACCAGGUCCCGGGAACUCUGGAGCCGACGCAUGUAGAAACAUCAAAAGCCAUCCAACACCUUCUUUCCACCAAGCGUCGAAUCUACGCACUCUCCCUACGCCGCCGCAAGUUUGGUGUCCUACGUUUCGACAACGCCAAUGAUGAGAACACAACCUGGACGGCAAUGUGUGAGCAGCUAGCAGAACUGCCCACCAAACGGAGCAUCCGAUCCACAUCAAUUAUACCUAUCUUUUCAAAUGCAAAGCGAAACCUCUACCGCAUGCACAUUGAUUGGUGCCCAACAGACGACGUUUUCCCUCUUUCGGUGGCCUUUCUAUCGCAAACUCCUCAAUUCCAUCGCCUAUCGCAAACUUCUCGUGCACUUGUGUGCACAACGGUAGAAUCUGUUGCAUGCACGCUCAACCCGGGGCUUCCACAUAUGACUCGCAGGGCUGGGACUGAGUCAACCUCUGAUGGCGCAUCCAACCAAACCAGAUCACAUCAACGGCAUCGCAGUCUUAGAGUAGGAUUCUACGCCAAUUUGCUAGGGGAUGUGGUGGAGAAGAUGGAUCUGGACGACGAUGAGCGGGCUUCAAUGGUGAUCGACCUCGCCAUCACACCCCAAUCCCUCCCCUGGGAGGAGCAACCAGUCAGCGUAGCUUCCGUGCGCCUAGUCUUGGAUCAACCGGGUGACAGGCUCAUAGAGGCUUUGUCCGUCAAACAAAGAGAAUCAAAAGAAUCAGAGAAGGAGACAGAGGGAGCAGGCACGCCAGUAAAGUUCCGGAAGUUUACCAUUGAGCAAGGCGAUGAUGGGAAACUCCGGUUGUAUGCCGAGAAGCGUGUGCGAAUGCGACCCGCACCCAGAGAACAGGGUCGAUAGUCGAUAGAUAGUCACGACCCAGAGCACCCAGAGAACAGGGUCGACAGUCGAUAGAUAGUCGCAUUGUACACGCUCUCACGGAAAUUGUAGUGGUUCAAUAAUUUUAAUAUACAUUACACAUUUGAGAACAUCUACGCCCUCACCAAUCAUCGG